AUGAAUUCAAAACGAACACAACAUCAAGAUGGAAGACAAAAUCGUUCAAUGCGUGAUGGAAAAAUGGAUUAUCGUUUUUUAAUUCCAUCUCGUGAUGCUGGAGCAAUUAUUGGUAAAGGUGGAAAAAUUAUUCAAGAUCUUCGUUUAAAACAUCAAUGUCAAAUACAAAUGGCUGAUUGUGAAGUACCUGAACGUGUUUUAAUUAUUAAUGGUGAUCAAAAUGAUGUACUUAAUUGUAUAUCAAGUAUACUUUUAUGUAUUUCGGAAAAUCAUCAACGUUCAAAUAAACCUGAUCAAAAUGAAAUACGUGCUCUUAUUCAUCAAUCACAAGCAGGAGCAUUGAUUGGCAAAGGAGCAUCAAGAAUCAAAGAAUUUCGAGAGAAACAUAAUAUUGAUGUUAAAGUCUAUCCUCAAUGUUGUCCUGGAGGAUCAACAGAACGAUGUAUUUCAAUGCGUGGCAAUAAAGAUGAUGUUUUAAGAUGUUUAACUGAAGUUUAUAGUGUACUUGAAAAUGUUCCACCGCGUGGUUCAUAUCGUUAUUAUGAUCCAUCAACAUAUAAUGGUCAUAAUGUUACAGAUUAUGGUGGUUAUUCAGAUAGUUCAAUGGGUAAUAAUCAAUUUAAUUCAAGAGUAAAUAAUGCUGGUGGAUAUGCUAAUAAUUCUUAUGCUUCACCAUCACAAGGUUAUCCACCAUAUGAUGGAGCAUAUUUAGAUGAUGGCUAUAGUAGAAAUCGAAAUCGUACUAGUGGUUAUAAUACAUAUCAACAAACUGAACCAGUAACAACAACACAAGUAACUAUUCCAACGGAAAUGGCUGGUAUUGUUAUUGGUAGUAAAGGUUCGAAAAUAUCUCAAAUUCGUCAUGAAUCAGGCGCUUCAAUUAAAAUUGAUUCUGAACCAAUGAAUGGUACUAAUGAUCGAUUAAUAACAAUAACGGGUAAUCCAAAUCAAAUUCAACAAGCACAAUUUCUUCUUCAACAAACUAUUCGUCAAUCAGGUUUAUGGAACCAAUAA